AUGACAUUUACCACAGAUUCGAGCACACCAUUGAGCACCUCGACUACAGUGACCAGAACACCAACGAUGACCAGUACACCGACCAGCACAUCGACCGCAGAGUCCAGCACAUCAACCACAGGGACCAGUACAUCCACCACAGUGACCAGCAGACCGACAAGUACAUCGACCACAGAGACCAGCACAUCCACACCAUCGAGCACCUCGACCACAGUGACCAGCACACCUACCAGCAUAUCAACCACAGACACCAGCACCUCAACCACAGAGACCAGCACAUCAACAACAGUAACCAGCACACCGACCAGCACAUCUACCACAAUGUCCAGCACACCGACCAGCACAUCGACCACAGUGACCAGCACAUCGACCACAGAGACCAGCACCUCGACCACAGAGACCAGCACCUCGACCACAGACACCAGCACAUCAAGUACAGUGUCCAGCACACCAACCAGCACAUCCACCAUAGUGACCAGCACACCCACAAGCACACUGACCACAGAAACCAGCACAUCGACCACACAGCCUUCUACUCCAACCACCCUGCUGACAUCAACAACAGUAACCAGCACACCGACCAGCACAUCUACCACAUUGUCCAGCACACCGACCAGCACAUCGACCACAGUGACCAGCACAUCGACCACAGAGACCAGCACCUCGACCACAGAGACCAGCACAUCCACUACAGACACCAGCACAUCCACUACAGUUACAUCGACCACAGUGACCAGCACAUCGACCACAGAGACCAGCACCUCGACCACAGAGACCAGCACAUCCACUACAAACACCAGCACAUCGAGUACAGUGUCUAGCACACCAACCAGCACAUCCACCACAGUGACCAGCAUACCCACAAGCACACUGACCACAGAAACCAGCACAUCGACCACACAGCCUUCUACUCCAACCACCCUGCUGACAUCAACAACAGUAACCAGCACACCGACCAGCAGAUCUACCACAAUGUCCAGCACACCGACCAGCACAUCGACCACAGUGACCAGCACAUCAACCACAGAGACCAGCACCUCGACCACAGAGACCAGCACAUCCACUACAGACACCAGCACAUCGAGUACAGUGUCCAGCACACCAACCAGCACAUCCACCAUAGUGACCAGCACACCCACAACAACAGUAACCAGCACACCGACCAGCACAUCUACCACAAUGUCCAGCACACCGACCAGCACAUCGACCACAGUGACUAGCACAUCGACCACAGAGACCAGCACCUCGACCACAGAGACCAGCACAUCCACUACAGACACCAGCACAUCGAGUACACUGUCCAGCACACCAACCAGCACAUCCACCACAGUGACCAGCACAUCCACCAGCACAUCAACCACAGAGACUAGUACGUCAACCACAGACACCAACACCUCCACUGCAGACACUAGCACAUCGACCACAGUAACCAGCACAGCAACCAGCACAUCUACCACAGCAACCAGCACAGCAACCAGCACAUCUACCACUGAGACCAGCACAUCGACCACAGUGUCCAGCACACCCACCAGCACAUCGACCACAGACACCAACACAAUAACUAGCACGCCAACCACAACAUUUACCAUAGAAUCAAGCACACCAUCGAGCACUUCGACCACAGUGACCAGCACACCUACGAGCAUAUCGACCACAGUGACCAGCACACCGACCAGCACAUCGACCACAUUGUCCAGCACACCGACCAGCACAUCGACCACAGUGACAAGCACAUCGACCACAGAGACCAGCACAUCGACCACAGACACCAGCACAUCCACUACAGAGACCAGCACAUCCACCAGCACAUCGUGUACAGUGUCCAGCACACCAACCAUCACAUCCACCACAGUGACCAGCACACCCACCAGCACAUCAACCACAGCGACCAGCACACCAACCAGCACAUCGACCACUAAGACCAGCACAAUAACCAGCACGCCGACCAUGACAUUUACCACAGAAUCCAGCACACCAUUGAACACCUUGACCACAGUGACCAGCACACCUACGAGUAUAUCGACCACAGUGACCAGCACACCCACCAGCACAUCGACCACAGAGACCAGCACAUCGACCAGCACAUCGAGCACACACAUCGACCACAGAUACCAGCACAUCCACUACAGAGACCAGCUCUUCAACCACAGUGACCAGUACACCGACCAGCACAUCGACCGCAGAGUCCAGCACAUCAACCACAGGGACCAGUACAUCCACCACAGUGACCAGCAGACCGACAAGUACAUCGACCACAGAGACCAGCACAUCGUCCACAGAGACCAGCACAAUAACCAGCAAGCCAACCAUGACAUUUACCACAGAAUCGAGCACACCAUCGAGCACCUCGACCACAGUGACCAGCACACCUACCAGCAUAUCAACCACAGACACCAGCACCUCAACCACAGAGACCAGCACAUCAACAACAGUAACCAGCACACCGACCAGCACAUCUACCACAAUGUCCAGCACACCGACCAGCACAUCGACCACAGUGACCAGCACAUUGACCACAGAGACCAGCACCUCGACCACAGAGACCAGCACCUCGACCACAGACACCAGCACAUCAAGUACAGUGUCCAGCACACCAACCAGCACAUCCACCAUAGUGACCAGCACACCCACAAGCACACUGACCACAGAAACCAGCACAUCGACCACACAGCCUUCUACUCCAACCACCCUGCUGACAUCAACAACAGUAACCAGCACACCGACCAGCACAUCUACCACAUUGUCCAGCACACCGACCUGCACAUCGACCACAGUGACCAGCACAUCGACCACAGAGACCAGCGCCUCGACCACAGAGACCAGCACAUCCACUACAGACACCAGCACAUCGAGUACAGUGUCCAGCACACCAACCAGCACAUCCACCACAGUGACCAGCACACCCACCAGCACAUCAACCACAGAGACUAG